AUGGGCAUGGCGCCCCUUAAGCUUGUUGACCUUGUAGUGGGUUAUGCUACAGCGGCUGUUGUUUUCACGACGGUGUCGCAGUAUAUCCCCUCGAGACGACUGGAGCUGUGCUCUGAGAUUGUCUGUUGGGCUGUUGUUCCUUUUCUUUUCAGAUAUACUGCUUUCCCGAACACCCGGCCGUCUUCGCCGUUAUUGAGUGACCCGCAGAAACAGCGUCAUUCAUCGUUGUCACAAUGGUUUGUGGCCUUGGGUAUCGUGGCGGCUGCUUUUUACAGAGCCGAAAGUACAACUAUUGGUCUCUAUCCUCUUUUGACCCCUCUUCUCCUCACAGUACAGACAUACUCUCAGUCGAGCAUAUUAUCUGAUCCAGCUCCUACAUCACCUCUCAUCAGCACCAUCAAGGGGACAACACUAGUCGCUGUCCUUUCAGUGUUCUCACUUUCAAAUGGAGAUCUAUUCGGCUCUCUAAUAUCGGUCAUAUUAGUGGCUUCUCUCCUGAUUGUCUACAGCAUCUUCAGUCCUGACUUCAAAGUGAGAAUGUUAUCGAUUUCAUCAGUCGACAUCGAGACAAAUAUCAAGGCCAUCGCAGGCCGAACAAUAGUCCUCCUUCUCAUUGCUGCAGCUUUCCAGACUUUGGUCCUCGGACCUCCCAAUAGCAAUGUCAUUCUCGUGCUCUUCGCAGGAUUGGUCAAAGCCUUGUCUUGGUUCUUCAUCAUCCAAGCCGCACGACAAACUUCUUGGUGCAUAGCCACCACAAUAGGAACCUUUGCUCUCGCCUGCGCCAGAAACCCCUUCUUACAAAACUCCCAACUUCAAGCCUUGUCUCACGUCGCAGUCUCGACGCUAACCCUCUAUCAAACAACUCAACUCCUCCCCAAACAAUCCAAAGGCAAAAUUCUCCUCUGGUCCUGCUUAUCAGCAUCUUUGAUUCCAUAUCUCUACAACGAAUCCAUGAUCCAUGACUCAACAUCCUCCACGUUCAUCUCUCCGUCUCACCCCGUCAAAUUAUUAACUCAAGAAGCAGCACCAAUCUUCGGAAGGAAACUUCUUGACCAAUCUCGAACAUAUCCAGCAGCAGUGAAGGAGUACAAAAAGCGAUACGGUCUUGAUCCACCACCCGGUUUCGAGGCAUGGUUCCAAUACGCGCUGAAACAUAAUUCACCCAUCAUCGAUGAGUUUGACAAUAUUCACCGCGCCAUAUCGCCAUUUCUGAAACUCAGUGGAAAAGAGGUUUCGGAGAUGAUGGAUAAGGUAUAUAAAACGCCGCAGAGUGAGGUCUGGCUCUGUGAGUUUUCGGGAAAGACUGCUAGGACAAAGUGUCAGCAUCCGAAUCGUUUUUACGAUCGGCAUUACAGCUAUAUCUUUGAUAAGUUGUUGUGGAAUUUUCCGGGAGCUUUGCCGGAUGUCAAGUUUCUCAUCAAUCAUUUUGAUGAGCCGAGAGUUAUCAUACCACCUCAGGGAGACGCUGUGGGCAAAGCUAUCCGACUGACUGAUGUGUCGAUGAAGUCCACUUGGGACGCUUUGACAACGUCUUGCCCAUCACAUAAAUCCUCUAGGGACGACCGAUCUAUAGUCGAGACAUUUGGACUCCCUUUUGUCAAAGAUCACCUCUCCCAGUCAGAUUUGUGCAAACAUCCUGAAUACAAAGAUAUGCACGGCACUUUCAUCAGCCCAAAGACCUUUCAUCUCAUCGAAGGUUUGGCACCAGUAUUAUCAACAGGUACAUUCUCAACAAUGGGCGAUAUCCUCUUCCCAAGUCCAGCAUACGUCGAAGAAGAGUUUCAGUACGACAAGACCCAUGAUAUUCCAUGGUCAGAGAAGAAGAACAACCUCUAUUGGACCGGUUCGACUACAGGAGGUUACGCUCUCGACGAUCAGUGGAGAAACCACCAACGCCAGAGAUUCGUUACCUUGGCGCAGAACCUUGAGCAGCAAGAACACACAUACCUUACAGAGGAAAACGGCGUGAUCAACAGCUUCAAGUCAUGGUUCCUAAACAGUCGAUUAUACGACGUCGGCUUCACAAGAAUCUUCCAAUGCGACCGCAAAUUCUGCCGUGAUCAAAAAACAUUCUUCCCCGUAAAACCAUGGGCCGACAAAGACGCAGCAUUCCACUCAAAACUGGCCUUCGACCUCGACGGCAACGGCAUAAGCGGUCGCUACUACAAACUCUUAUCCUCAAACACACUCCCCCUGAAACAAGCUCUUCUUCGAGAGUGGCAUGAUGAGCGGUUGGUCCCGUGGGUGCACUACAUACCCGUCAGUCAAAGCUUGGAAGAAUUACCUGAGCUGGUGAACUACUUGACGUUGAAUGAGGCGGGACAGAGGGUGGCGGAGAAGGUGGCGAGACAGGGGAGGGAGUGGAUGGGAAAGGCUGUGAGGGAGGUUGAUAUGACGAUUUAUACUUGGAGGUUGUUGUUGGAGCUUGCGAGGCUGCAGGAUCCGAUGAGAAAAGGGGGGGGCUGA